ACUCUAUACGUACUGUCAGCUCUACGGUGUAACGAGCACUGUGAUCAUCACACUUGCCUCUAUACGUGGAGUAGUUAAAUCGUAGAAAAUGGCAACUGUUGCAGGUGCUAUCGGAUGGGAAGAACUAAGAAAACAAGCUCAGCAUCUUGAAAAUGAAAUUGAUGCGAAACUUGAUGCCUUCAAUAAAUUGGGUGUCAAAGCAGGAUCUGCUCAUUCUAGUAGCGAUACUGUUCCUCUGCUCGAUGAGGAGCAUGUAUUUGAAAAUAUGGCUACAGAGAUAGAAUCGCUAUUCGCCAAGUUAUCUGCAGUAAAUGACAAAAUGAGUGAAAUAAAACCUGAUGGAGGGCAUAUGUUGCAUAGGAUACAACGUCACAGAGAAAUUUUAAAGGAUUAUAAAUUGGAAUUCAAUAAAACUCAAAAUAACUUCAUCGCCAGACGUGAUAGAGAAGAUCUCCUUAGCAGCGUGCGGAAAGAAAUCGAUAACUAUAAAAGUGGCAGUGGUCUCAAUAGGAGAGACCAAUACUUGAAAGAAAGUCAGCACAUACACAACUCUGAUCGAUUGGUCAAUGACCAAAUAAGUAUAGCAGUUGAAACACGAGAGCACUUGGUAUCUCAACGCCACACGUUCAAACGGAUUCAAACCCGUUUCAACGACAUCUCUAAUCGAUUUCCAGCUGUGAACAGUUUACUGCAAAGAAUAAAUAUUCGAAAACGCCGUGACUCUAUUAUUUUAGGACUGAUUAUCGGAUUUUGUACAUUUCUGAUGCUACUUUAUGCAUUUCAUUAAGUUGGAUUGAGUUGACAUUAAAAAAAAAAAAAAAUCUAAGACUUGGUACCAAAUAUUCGGUGUAAAUAGAUUCAAA